AUGGCCGCAUCCUCUGCUCCAGCCUCCAGCUCCCAGCACCGCUCCCAGGGCUCUAUGGGGCCCAUGGGGCUCUGCCUCCUGCUCCUGCUGAGCACCUGCGCACCCAUCACUGGCACCAACCCUGGCACCAACCAUGGCACCAACCCUGGCACCAACCCCAGCACCAACCCCGGCACCACCCCUGGCAUCACAGCCCGGCUGACCCGGAGGGCACUGGAAUUCGGCCGGCGCUUUGGGAUGGAGCUGCUCCAGUCACUGCUGCAGAAGGAGCAUGAGCUGAACCUGGAGGGCUCCUACCGCAUCCCAGUCCUGGGGACGCUGACCUACACUGUACCCCGGAUCCACAUCCAGGAGCUGCAGCUGAAUGACUCCAGUGUGGACUUUGCUGAGGACGUGGGGCUGAGGCUGAGGGUGCAGGGUGCCCGCAUCCGGCUCAGCGCCGAGUGGGGAGCGCGCCUGGGGGCUGUCCAGGACAGUGGCUCCCUGGAGCUCCACGUGCAGGACAUGGCCAUGGUGGCAGUGCUGGGGCUGAGUGCGGACGGUGAUGGUCGCCCUGCACUGUGGAGCGCUGGCUGUGAUGCCCACAGCACAGACCUGCACCUGCGGUUCCACCGUGGGCACAGUUGGCUCUACAACCUCCUGGCACCUCCGCUCCGGGGGACCCUGCAGCAGGAGCUGAACAAGCAGAUCUGCAUCAAGCUCCGUGAAGGUGUCUUCAAGCUGGAGGAUGCCCUGAAGCGAAUGAGAGUGUCCACCCAGGUGGAUGCCUUUGUUGCCAUCGACCAUUCCCUGCUGGGGCCACCGCACAUCACAGCAGAGCACGGGGACAUCCCCAUCAAGGGGGAGUUCUUCAGGGUGCACAAGUACCAGCAGAGAACCUCUUUGGCACUGCCCAUGUCGCUGCCGGAGCCGCUGCCGGUGCCAGAGCCACACCAGCCCAUGCUGCUCGUGGCUGUCACCGACUUCGUCACCAACUCUGCUGCCUUCGCCUACUUCACAGCUGGGGUCCUGCGCAGGAACAUCUCCAGUGCCAUGCUCCUGCGGAGGUUCCCACUCCAGCUGAAGACCAAGAGCUUCGGGAUCUUCACCCCACAGCUGCAGGAGCGUUUCCCAGACCAGCCCAUGGAGCUGCAGGUCUGGGCUCGCCAGCAGCCGCUGUUCUCCUGCCGCCCCGAUGCUGUGCACGGGACCCUCUUCGGCUCUGCUGAGGCCUUUGUGCUGCUCCCCAAUGGCACCCGUGUCCCUGUGUUCCUGCUGGACAUCGAUGCCAAUGUGACAGGGAAGCCAAUCAUCACCGGGAACAGGCUCGGGGCCACCAUGAGCCUGAAGGGGCUCAGAGUGGCGCAGGUGACAUCACACGUGGGUCCGGUGGAGGUGCAGAGGCUGGAGACGCUGCUCAGCUUGGGGCUGAGGCUCUUCGGGGUGCCCAGAGCCAACAAGUGGCUCCAAGCCCGUGUCCCCCUGCCCACCCCGCACGGCCUCCGCCUGCUCAACCCGCGGCUCUCGCUGCAGGAGGGUUUCAUGCUCCUCACCACGGACCUGCAGCAGGAGCCGUGAGACCGGAUACCUGUGUCCCCAUCACCGCCACCAUCCGAGGUCCUCUGCCCCCAUCACCGGCACUGGGACCCCGCAUGGACCCGAGCCCUCUGCUCCCCCAUCCGCAGCGCUGCGGCCGCUUCCCCGCUGUGACCACGAGGUGGCGCCCGUGUCCCGGCGGUACCCGGGAUGCUGGAGCCGCAGGGGGAUGCUGGGGGGUCCCCUGCUCUUGGGGAGGUGAUGCUGGGGUUGGGGUCAGCAUAGAACCGUGGGAUGGGUUGGGUUGAAGGGACCUUAAAGCUCC